UCCCUUUAUAAUUAUGGGGUCAGAGAUCUGGCCACGGUUUUCUUCUACAUGCUGGUGGCGAUCAUUAUUCACGCCACCAUUCAGGAGUAUGUGCUAGGUAGAAUCAACAGGCAAAUGCAGUUUCUCAAAACGAAACAGAGCAAAUUCAAUGAAUGUGGGCAGCUCGGUGUAUUUUAUCUUGUCUCUAUUUGGGGCGCACUCAUUCUAGUCUCUGAAAACUACGUUUCAGACACGUUUGUCGUGUGAAGGGCUCAUCCCCACAGCAUGAUGACGUUUCAAAUGAAGUUCUUCUACAUCUCCCAGUUGGCUUACUGGCUCCAUGCUUUUCCGGAACUCUACUUCCAGAGAAACAAAAAGCAAGACCUUCCUCACCUGAUCAUCUACUUCUGCCUCCACCUCUUUCACAUUGCUGGCGCUUACCUUUUGUACUUGGAUCACCUGGGACUGGUCCUUUUGGCGAUGUAUUACUUCGUGGAGCUCCUCUCGCACAUGGGCGACCUGCUUUAUUUGAGUGACGAAAAGUAUGAGAAAGUUUCUCUAUGAGUGGUUGCGAUUGUUCUGGGUAGGCUGCCCACUAUUUGCGCACUUCUGUUAUUAUUUAUUUUCUUACUUUUAUUUAUUUAUUUCUGGUAA